CGUUAUACUUGUCUGAGUGUCAUUUUAGAAGAAAGGCGUUGUUGCUGACAACAACAGAACUCUACUGUAUGUCUUCAGUGGCGAAUAAAGUGAUUCUGAUUCUAGUUGAUUAGCUCCAGGCUUCGUUCACUGUGUGCAACAGGGUCAUUCUUACAGACACUAUAGUACAAGUUAUGGUGUUCAUAAUGUGUGACUUCGACCGAAUACAUUUGUAAUGGGCUUGGUAAAAAUAAUACAUAUUUAUUAUUUUGUACAUUCCUGUGGGCCUAAAAGUCCAAUUUAAAUGAAUUGAAAUCAUUAUCAUUUAUUAAUUUCCUCAUAAACUGCACAAAUAGUUUUUCUAAAAACAAUUGAUUUCCAAAUUGCCGUAAAAUAGUGUUUAGUAUGACAUUAUCUGACUAAUAUGUGUUCAUUUGUGGUAAUUAUGUAGCCUGUUUUAACACUAAAAUUGGCUUCACUCAUUGUUCACCCUGACAUAUCAUGAUACUGUGAUCUUUAAUUGAAUACAUUUAUUAUAAAAUGACAUAAGACACUGGAGGUGACACCAGUCAUUCAGCUAAAUAAUGUUGCAUUGUAUAAAUCUUUGUUUUAUUUAAUUGUAUAUGUUACACAUAUGUGGUCAAGCAUAAAAUGUCCAUUCUGGAAUGGGAAGAAAUGUAGCUCAUUUUAAAAUGUUAGUAUAUAUAGAAUGAAAAUCUUCAGUAUAAGUUUAAAAAUAUGUUGGCUAGAUAUCAUUCACAGACCAUGUGGUGGCUAAUUGCAUCUACUGAAGGUCCACCAUGACUCUGCUCAUAUCUGAAUUUUAAGUCAGUUAGCUUAACCUUUAUGACUUAAAUACAAUCUUUAAUAUUAUUUAACAUUAAGGAACUUUAAAACAUAAGGAACUGAAUUGUAGAAUUAACCCAAAGACCAACAAAGUUAACUAAACAUAGUUUUUCACUUCUCUGUUUGAUUGAAACUUUGCUUCUGUAUGUGAAAAAUGUAAAAUUGUAUGUUUAAAUAGGCAAGUUAUGGUCUGUGCAUUUUGGUCUGUGCAGGGGCAAGAAAUGACAACCAUGUUUUCACAGUUACUUUGUGGCAAGUUAAGUUACCAUUGAGAAAUGGUUGUCAACUGUCAUACCCUGAAUCAGCCUGUUAAAUAUUAACCUAUUCGUUUGUCAUGGACUUAUAAGAAUUGUUAUCUCCUUUUCCCCCUGCGUUUUUAAGAUUGGAAAACAACAAGGGACAUGCCUUGUAAGCAGUAACAUUUUCACAUUGUUGGAUAUGUGAAAAGCAUCAUUUCAAAUGGAGACUGAUCACAUCAUCAAGACUUCAACAUCAGGAAAUACUGGCCCAACUGGCGACAACUAACCAGCUCAUCUGAUGUACAUUUAAACUUCUCCAUAAUGUUAUUUCAGAACUGCCAGGCUUAUGGAGAACAAGUUCAGUUCUUCUAUAACAAAACUGGCAAGCCCAUUACAUCAAACUGGCGCACACAUGACUUUGUGGUGGUUGGACUUGGGAUCCCAAUAUGCCUCUUUAUUAUUCUUGCAAAUAUGCUGGUAAUAGCUGCCAUCAUCAUCAACCGACACUUUCACUUUCCCAUUUAUUACUUACUUGGGAACAUGGCAGCUGCAGACCUCUUUGCCGGAAUCUCCUAUCUAUACCUUGUGUUCCAUACCGGGCCAUGGACUAUCAGUUUGACAGUGAACGAGUGGUUUGUUCGUGGAGCUUUAAUUAAUAUGAGUCUCACUGCAUCUGUGGUCAACCUGUUAGCUGUCGCUGUGGAGCGUCAUCAGACAAUUUUUACUAUGCAGCUCCACAGCACCAUGACCAAGAACCGUGUUGUUAUGCUGAUAGUUACUAUAUGGUUGGUGGCAAUCGUCAUGGGCCUGGUGCCCGCAAUGGGCUGGAACUGUGUUUGUGACCUGUCCACCUGCUGCACUGUAGCUCCACUUUACUCUCGGAGCUUUCUAAUAUUCUGGGCUCUUCUCAAUCUCCUGGCCUUCUUCAUCAUGGUGGCGGUGUACACCCACAUAUUCAUCUAUGUACGCCGCAGGAGCCAACAAAUGUCUCCUCAUAUCGAUCAGCCCUCAAAUAAUCAGACCAUCAUCAGCCUUAUGAAGACCAUGUCCAUGAUUUUGGGUGCAUUUGUGAUCUGUUGGACACCAGGUCUGGUAAUUCUAUUACUGGAUGGUCUUAGUUGUACGAGCUGUCAGGUUCUUAAAUAUGAGAAGUACUGCCUGGUUCUGGCUGAGUGUAACUCUUUAGUGAACCCCAUCAUCUACUCGUUUCGUGACGCGGACAUGCGGAACACCUACAAACGCAUUCUCUGCUUCCCUUGGAGAAGAAUGCGCCAGCAUGAGGGGCCUUCUGGCAUCCGGUUUGAGUCGGAGAAAAACGGCAAUAACUCCAUGAAUUUAGAGCCUUUUUCUGAACAAAGCCCAUUGUCUUUAUAGAAAAGUAUUUCUUUGUGUAAAUAAAUGACUUUGCAUCUGAUUAGCUUAAUGACCACAGUGUACAAAGAGUAAA